CAAGCAUAAUAAAAAGGAACCAAAAGCAAAAAAAAAAAAAAAACAGAUGAGAUAAACGGAAGAAGACACGAACAUGAACAUGGCUCCGUCGUCUUCGUCUUCUCCUUCCAAAUCUCCAGUUCCUUCUCUUCACCAAUCCUUCCACUUCACUCCUAUCCCAGAAUGCGAAGAAGACAGUCUCCACGAAGAAAGAUGCAAAAACAUAGCAACCCCAAGCAGCGAUGGUGGAUCCUCCGCAACUCCGAGCCGCCACCGCCGCAGCCAUCAUCAUACGCCGACGCCUCUCCACAACCACCAAAACGGCAAAUCCACAGGCAGAAAACGAUACGACAACGCUUCUUCCGGAGACGGCGACGGCGGCGGAGUAGCCGUCUCCUGCAACAAAUGCCGGCCGCAUCACCCUCACCGGGAGAAAUUCUCCGUCGUACCUCUCGAGAAUCAAAACCCAUCAUUCAUCUCGAGCCCCAACGUCAUAAUCAAAUCGAUUUUUCAGUCUCUGACUCGGAAAAGUCCGAAACCGGCGGCGGCGAUCCGCCCUCUGCCGCCGCAGCUUCCGCCGUCUUCCUCCACCGCUUCGAGGGAGGAGCAGUGGCGUUUAGCGGUGGCGGAGCUUUCCCACAAGCUCAUACAAGCGACGAAGAAGAAAGAAGAAGCGGUUCUCGAAGCUUCGAGGCUGAAAUCCUCCAUGGCCGAGCUCGAGAAGAAGCUGACGAAGCUCGAGAUUUACUGCCACAACCUGAAAUCGGGUCUUGACGAAUGCAGCAGCCAGAAACAGAGCAUCCGAAUCCGACAGGAAGACGGGUUCAACGGACAUAUCAUCCAACAGUUCCUGGUCUCCGUGUCGGAAUCCCGAUCCUCGAUCAGGGCACUGAGCAGAUCCCUCGCGUCACAGCUACGAACAGUUGGCGGGAAAGUGUAUGAGAGAUUGUCUCAUCUUCUUCAACCCUUCGACGUAAAGAUCAACUCUUUCGCCAAAAGCCCUAAAAGCUUCGUCUUCUACCUCGAAGCCCUCCUGACCAGAGCCUUCUUCGAGGACUUUGAAGCUUCGGGGUUUCAGAAAUCCGGGUCGACCCGGAUCCUCAACCCGAUUGAUCGCUGCGAGUCUAAUUACGCUUCCUUCAAUGUUCUCAUGGGGCUAACUUGGGACGAGGUUCUGAGCAGAGGAACCAAGCACUUCUCCGAAGAGUUCAGUCGGUUCUGCGAUCGGAAGCAAGCACCCAAUCUAGUUUUUAAGAGCCUCAUAGCACUGUCGCCUGAACUUUCGAUGCUAUCCUGGAACCGGGCUUGGCCCGGACCGCUCUUGCAGGCUUUCUUCGUGGCGUCGAAAAGCGUGUGGCUGGUUCACCUUCUGGCUAACUCGGUGAACCCGGGUCUCCAGAUCUUUCGGGUGGAGAAAGGAGUCCGGUUCGAUCCGGUUUACAUGGAGGAAAUAGGUGGAGACCGGGUUAGGGGUCUGGUACGAGACUCGGUUCGGGUUAUGGUUCAACCCGGGUUUUACGUGUACGGAAGUGUGGUUAAGUGCAAGGUGGUUUGCAAGCAUUGCAUGGACGACGACAACGACCGUACGGCCAUGGAAUGCGGUAACGACGACAAGAUUCUAGGUAGCCCGUUAGGAGUUUAAACUAAGGCAUUAAUGUGUUUUCCGAUAUUGUAAUUUAAAACUUAUCAGUGACUUUAUUGCAAAUUAAUAUUUAAUUUGUGUUUUUUCUCGGGGGGUUUUGUGGACUGUGAAAAGUUAAAUAUUGGCAUUUUCUCGUU